ACGGAUCUCUCUCUCUCUCUCUCCCUCCCAACGUCUUCGUCUUCCUCCGGUCUGAGUCGUGUGGUUUUAGCCGGAUACUCAUCAGAUCCGCUGAAGAUUCUCGUUUGUCUGGUACGAAGACGACGAUUCGUGGGAUUAACGCAUAUGCGUUUAUGCUCCUUUGACGCAGCGAAUACGAGAUCUAAGAGCUGGGAACGCUUUGACGGUGGCUGCAGUUUGUUCUUCGUUCUAUGCCAAUGUGUGCUUCUGGAGGAUGAAGAAUGUGAAGAGUUUGUAGUGCUUCUGCAUUUGAUGCUGGUUUUGGCUCUAAAGACUACGGAGAAGGUUGUGUUGAGUUGUUAGUUUUCUUCUAAGUAAAGCAUUUUUGAGGUAUAUGUAGAGGCAAGAGACAUGGUUUUUGGUAGGAUCACUGAACUUUUUACUGCUGCAUCUAGUCGAUUUUCAGCGGGUUCACAAUCAUCUGUUCCGUAUAUGCCUACUGGGUCAUCGCCGGAUGUAGGAACGUCGGUGUCAGAUUCGAUAAGUUUUGGGAAUGGUGGACGAAAGAAUAGUUUGAGACAUUCAGCGUCUCUCCAAGAUUUUUCUUCAUAUCAUGGACUUGAUCCUGAAGAAUCGAUUCUUGCCCGGGAAGCUGAUUUAAGUGCUAAACGGCAAACUAUAUCAUGGGGACAGAAUGGAACUAGUUUUUCCAAGGAAAAGGCAGGUGUUCCGAGUGGUACCAACCCAUCUACACGCCGUAAAUGUAUUCGUGCGGUUAUGAUCAUUAUGUGCCUGAUUCUGUUUGCUUUUCUGGUGUAUAUAGUCUCCAUGUAUAUUUAUACAAACUGGUCACGGGGAACAUCAAGAUAUUAUGUUGUGUUUGACUGUGGAAGCACAGGGACUCGCGCAUAUGUCUAUCAGGCCUCUAUAAAUUACAAGAAAGAUAGUAGUCUCCCCAUUGUUAUGAAAUCUUUGACAGAGGGUAUAUCUAGAAAGAGUAGUGGCCGUGCUUAUGAUCGAAUGGAGACAGAACCUGGGUUUGAUAAGCUUGUCAACAACAGAACAGGACUGAAAACUGCGAUAAAACCCCUUAUUCAGUGGGCAGAGAAGCAAAUACCCAAGCAUGCUCAUAGAACUACAUCACUCUUUGUUUAUGCAACAGCGGGCGUCCGGAGGCUCCGUCCUGCUGAUUCAAGCUGGAUUUUAGGUAAUGUGUGGUCAAUACUAGCGAAGUCUCCCUUCACUUGCCGGAGGGAGUGGGUUAAGAUCAUCAGUGGUACAGAGGAAGCUUAUUUUGGAUGGACCGCCCUUAAUUACCAAACAAGCAUGUUGGGAGCUGUACCAAAGAAGGCAACAUUUGGUGCACUUGAUUUAGGUGGCUCAUCAUUGCAGGUAACCUUUGAGAAUGAGGAGAGAACGCAUAAUGAGACCAACCUAAAUCUUAGAAUUGGAUCUGUUAACCAUCAUCUUAGUGCAUAUUCUCUCGCUGGAUAUGGUCUUAAUGAUGCAUUUGAAAGGUCUGUUGUUCAUCUCUUAAAGAGGCUACCAAAUGUCAACAAGUCUGAUUUGAUUGAAGGAAAACUGGAAAUGAAACAUCCUUGCUUAAAUUCUGGAUACAACGGACAAUACAUAUGUUCUCAAUGUGCGUCCAGUCUUAAAAGAGGUAAAAAAGGGAAGUCAGGAGUUCCUAUCAAGCUUGUCGGUGCUCCAAAUUGGGGAGAGUGCAGCUCACUGGCAAAAAUUGCUGUUAAUAGCUCUGAAUGGUCAAACACAAAACUUGGAGUUGAUUGUGAUUUGCAGCCUUGCGCUCUUCCUGAUGGUUACCCUCGUCCUCAUGGUCAAUUCUAUGCUGUAUCUGGAUUCUUUGUGGUGUACCGCUUUUUCAAUUUGAGUGCUGAAGCUUCCCUUGAUGAUGUCUUGGAAAAGGGUAGGGAAUUUUGUGAAAAGGCUUGGCAAGUUGCCAGAACUAGUGUUUCUCCACAACCCUUCAUUGAACAGUACUGCUUUAGAGCACCAUACAUAGUCUCCUUGUUACGAGAAGGUUUAUAUAUUACAGAUAAGCAAAUUGUUAUUGGGUCUGGGAGUAUAACUUGGACACUUGGAGUAGCUCUUUUGGAAGCAGGGAAGGCUCUGUCUUCUACACCGGGACUAAAGGGAUAUGAGACUCUGAGCAUGAAGAUAAACCCAGUAGCCCUUAUAUCUUUUCUGCUCGUUUCAUUGCUUCUGCUUCUCUGUGCACUCUCACGCGUCAGCAAUUGUAUGCCAAGAUUCUUUAGAAAGUCCUAUCUUCCACUUUUUAGACACAAUAGCACCUCAGCUUCAUCUGUUCUUAACAUCCCGUCUCCCUUCAGAUUCCAGCGAUGGAGUCCUAUGAGCACAGGUGUAAAGACACCAUUGAGUCCAACAGUCCGUGGAUCACCCCGUAGGCCAUUUAGUUUUGGAAGCAGCGUACAGCUCAUGGAAUCUUCAUUGUACUCAUCGAGCAGCUGCGUAAUGCAUAGUUGUUCUUCUGAUAGCUUAGGGGAUAUGCAAUACGACAGCACUAGUUCCUUCUGGUCUUCCCCUCGCAGGAGUCAAAUGCGUCUCCAAAGCAGGAGAUCACAAUCUCGAGAAGAUCUUAGUUCGUCGCUUGCUGAAUCACACAUGCUGAAGAUGUAGGGAAAGAAUUUUUUGAGCUGGUCCCAGUUCUUGUCAUCUCAAAGUUUCUUGGGUUUGAGCAGCUAGAAAGAGAAGAAUCGAUUCCUGGAUUGAGUGGUUUAUGUUUCAAGCAUAGAAUAAGUUCUGUAAGUGCUUAUUUUGGUUCUUAUCAUCAUAUCUAAAGGAAGACAAAAAAAUAGAGAAUCUGUUAUUAUGCUGUUUGCUCUUCAUUUCAUUGCAAGAUUCGAGGCUAAGAGUGUCUUUUUUCUUUUACCA